AUGUUGCUCACCGUGGUGCUCUUGCUCCUCUGCUCCAGCAUGUCCCUGAGCCUGAGGAUCUGCUCCUUCAACGUGAAGUCUUUCGGAGAAGCAAAAAUGGCCAGGCAAGAAGUCCUUGAUGUUGUCGUAAAGGUCAUUUCCCGCUGUGACAUCAUGUUGCUGAUGGAAAUAAAGGAAAACAACAACAGGAUCUGCCCCCUCCUCACUGAGAAGCUUAACAGAUGGUCAAAAGGGCCAAAAGAAGAUUACAGCUAUGUGGUCAGCAAGAGGCUGGGCAGGAAUAGCUACAAGGAGCAGUACGCGUUCAUCUACAGGCCAAAUCUGGUGUCAGUGAAGCAGGUAUACCAGUACCCUGAUCUCCAGCCCGGGGACGAAGAUGCCUUUUCCAGAGAGCCCUUCAUCGUCUGGUUCCUCUCCCCCGGAACCGCUGUCAAAGAGUUCGCUAUAAUCCCUCUGCACACCACCCCAGAAACAGCAGUGCGGGAAAUCGAUGAGCUCUACGAUGUGUAUUUAGACGUAAAGCAGCGCUGGAAAAAUAAGAACUUCAUCUUCAUGGGGGACUUCAACGCUGGCUGUAGCUAUGUCCCCAAAAAGCAGUGGCAGAACAUCCGGCUGAGAACCCAGCCUGAAUUUGUCUGGCUAAUCGGUGACCGAAAUGACACUACGGUCAGGAGGAGCACGAGCUGCCCGUACGACAGGAUCGUGGUGCGCGGCGAGGCGCUCCUGCAGGCCGUGGUGCCGCGCUCGGCCAACGUCUUUGAUUUCCAGAGGGCUUUUGGGCUCACCGAGGAGCAGGCGCUGGGCGUCAGCGACCACUUCCCCGUGGAGUUUGAGCUGCAGAGCUUCGGCGGGCUGAAGGCGCCGCUUCCGAGGAAGAGGAGACCCAGGAAGAACCGCCGGCCGAGGGCCCCCUAA